AUGUGUGUGAACGUCAAAGGUGUUGCAUUAGGCAUAAAGCACAUGACGCCUAUGAAGAUACCCAGAGCUACCGGCUGCAUAAUCUCGACUACUAGCGUGGCAGGCGUUUCAGGAGGAAUGGGUCCACACGCCUACACAACAUCCAAACAUGCCAUUGUCGGCCUCACUAAGAACACUGCCUGCGAACUUGGCCGCUAUGGUAUACGUGUCAACUGCAUUUUGCCGUUUGGAGUUGCCAAGACGAUGCUCAUGAACGCGUGGAGGGAUGACGGAAACGAGUGCAUGAACUUCGGGAUUCUGUCGCCGGCUGAGGUGGACCAAAUGGAGGAGUUCGUUAGGGGUUUGACCAAUCUUAAGGACCCCACAAUGAGGUGUGAAAGAGAAGUGGAAGGAGACUUAAGGUUACGGGAUCUUGAGCGGAGGGACGACAAGAAAACGAAGACGGAAGGCCUCAGGAAGAGAGAGAAAAUAGAAUAA